AGGUCAGAUUCCCAGAAAGAUGGAUGGAGAGUGUAAGAGAGCUAAAAUACCACCUCAGUGGCUGAGCGCUGGGGAGGUAAAAUCCUCCAAGACAGAUGGGAUAGUCUUACUUUCCCCAGGCUCUUAGGGACCAGGCAAAAAGAAGAGGAGCAUAGUCAGAGAAAGUAGAGGAUAUUGGUGACAAAUAGGAAUAAACAAGGUGAAGUGUACAGGAAAAAAAAGAGAUUCAGCAUCAAGAACUAAUUUGAUGGAUUUUGUGAAGAAACUUAAAAGAAGUCUGUGAAAAGGAGAUCUGUGGUGGAAAGACUAUCUCCCAAUUGGUCAGCGGAUGUCUGGGACUCGUUUCAUUGCUUUCAAAGUUCCUUUGAAAAAGAGUUUUGAAGAGAAGCUUGCCCCAGAAGAACGUUUUUCCCCCUUGGAUCUUUUUAACAAAAUCCAAGAACAGAAUGAAGAACUUGGACUGAUUAUUGAUUUAACAUAUACGCAUCGCUAUUAUGAACCAGAGGACUUACCAGAAACUAUUACUUAUUUAAAAAUUUUUACAGUUGGACAUCAGGUGCCUGAUGAUGACACUAUUUUAAAAUUCAAAAAUGCCGUUAAUAGGUUUUUGAAAGAAAAUAAAGAUAACGACAAACUUAUUGGUGUCCAUUGUACCCAUGGUUUAAACAGGACUGGCUACCUCAUCUGCAGAUAUUUGAUUGAUGUAGAAGGCAUGAGGCCAGAUGAUGCAAUUGAAUUAUUCAAUAGGUGCCGGGGACAUUGCUUAGAAAGACAAAACUACAUUGAAGACCUUCAAAAUGGUCCUAUCAGAAAGAAUCGCAAUUCCAGAAGAUCCAAAUCAAGUGGCUUUGAAGACUCAACACAUAUGAUAGAAACAGUCCACACCAGUCAUAAGUCUGGUAAACGAGGAUCUAGGAAUCACCUGCAUCGGAACCAUGCUUACACAGUAACUCCUCAGCAUUUCCACACCCAUACCCAAAGUUUGCAGCAGUCAGUAAGACAAUUUCCAUGGAAUCAGAACGUUUACCAGAGUGGCUAUGUUCCUCCUCCUCCUGGUCCCCCUGGAGAGGACUUCUCACAUAACAGAUACUCUUGGAAUGUAAAGCCAAAUACCAGUCAAGCAGUCCAGAAUACAAGUUGCCCUUACAGUUACUAUAGACUACCCUAUCCAGCCUAUUAUGGAUGGACUGAGUGACAGUCUUGGAAAUCUGUCUGGAACUGAACAGGACUGAAGACAGUUGGAGUGACUUUUUGUAAGAUCAGGUUUAUAAUCUGUAAUUGUUCCCUUAUGUGUUAAAGCUUAAAUAAAAAUUAUAUUGGUACUUCUUUGCUGACAAAUUUACAGUAGUUGCAACAGUGAAGGAGAUGUCUACUAUUGUAGUCUUAAAUUUUUUUUAAAGGAAGAUGAUAUUUUAGAACUGAUAGUUAUAAAGAACUUCCCUUGUAAAUUAUUUUUCAGAGUUCUAUCUUCCUUUUCUAUAUAUCGCCUUCUGAAUAGACUUGUGACAUGAAUGAGCGUAUAUAUAGAAAUUUGUAUUGUUUUUGUCAUAUUUUGUUGUUUACCCAAUCAUUAACAGUAUCUUUUUCCUCAACUAUUUAAAAUUUUUAUUAAAAUCUUCCUAGGAGACAAUAUCUUUAAAGCCUAAUCGCUUUUUGUAUUUUUGUGAUAUUUCUUUCCUUUAUCAAUCAGUCUGUUGUGGGAUUUGACCAACUUCUUUUAACUGAAUUGCCAGAUAGGCAAUUUAACACAUGGAUAAUGAAUAAACUUUUAAGACUUGAUUGUCAACUGGACAAGAGAGACAGACUAAUAAACCAGAACACUGGAUGAUAAUUUACCUGAAAAGGUAAUUAGCUGCUGGGUAGAAUUAUUUAGUAAACCUUGAAAACUUUUAUAUACAAUAAAGGUUGCUUGUUAAACAUCACAUUUAAAGCCUGGGAUAUUUGGAAAGACUUCUGGGCUCCUAUGUUACUGCUUCUCUGUUGAAUGUAACCUGCUGAAAUAUUUCCCUUCUUGCAUCUCAUAGUAGAGUGGUGCCUUGAUUUUGACUUUUUUCUCAAUUUUCCCUUCUGCUGGUAUACCUUGAACACGUAUGUUUCAGUAUGCUAGAACUUGGGAAAUGCUUGUUGCAUUUCAUUGCAGAAGUCAGAAACCUUUGUUUGCUCAAAGAGGUAUGCUACCAUCUUGACACAUUGAUAGAUAUUUGUGGAAUACUUGAGCAGCUUGGCUUCAUUUUCUAAAGCCUGUAAUUUUGAGGAUUUCUAUCUCAGAAUGUCUGUUAAUACAUGUGAUAUUUAUUUUCUCUUUUGUAUAUGAACAACAUGUGGAAUCUGACCCAAGGAAGUACUCUUAACUCAGUCACUCCCUGGUUUGUAUCUAGCUCACUCGUGCUGCAACCCUUCAUCCAAGUGAUGGUUCAUGAUAUCUUUCCCUGCCUGCUAAAGGCAGUCUUGUGAAAUUGUUCCCUGGGAUAUAUCACAGGUUCAUUUGGAAAGAAAUUGGGCAAGACAACUGAUGCAGCAACAAAGAACAAGCAGAGGUAGGAAGGGGAUCCUGCUGUCCAAUGGUUUCUAAGGAAUUCCUUGGCAAGCAGUUUCUAAGGAAGAUACCGCCAGCAGAAGUGCCAUCAUAGAAGCACUGCCAUCUUGAAAACGUCUUUUAAGCAUUCUUUUCAUUUAUUGUUGAAAUUCCUGAUGUUUAUGGAGACAAAAUUUAGGUUUAGGUAUCUUUUCAUACCAUUUUCCACAUUAUAGAACUUUUUCCAGGACUCACUGAGCUCAUUUUAAAUAUAGGCUGAGCCUUCAGCUCAGAAAACUACUUAUUUUAUAUGUCUGAAUAAUUCUAACUGUUGUAGUCUUUGGCUCAGAAACAUCAAAUAUGCAUAUAUUAAAACUCCAAAUCUGUCCCAUCUACUGCUUCCUGCUCAUCAGUUUCAUGUCUCUUCAUUUUGUCAUGUUUUGUUAGGCUCCUCAACUGUUUUCUGUCCACUCAUUUAAAAUUCUGCAAUAUCUGUUCCGUUCUUUUAUGACUUCAAAUGUAGCUUUAAAUUCCACUAUUACACUUUAAUUUCCUUAAAUUACUAUACUUUAUUUGGUUUUCUUUACUGCAAUAAAUCUUUUCAAAACCAGCUCUUUUCCUGGAUAUUGGAUACUAUGUCCCUCUAUUUUGACCUGUAAAAUAUUUUCACAGACUCCCCCAUUGGGUGUUUUCUGUUUACAUAUCCUUGAGAGAGGAAUGGUCUCUCCCAACCCGAUUUUACCUAAAUAGAAUGGGAGUAUUCUCCUUGCAUCUCAUAGUCCAGCUGCUUACUCUUAGAAAUCUCUUAAAUGA